CGAAUCUAUUUCCCCCCUCAAACAUGCUGGGAGGAGAGGAGGAGGACAAGGAGGAGGAGAAAAGAAGAAACGCCUCAGAGGCGACAAGAAAGUAAGGAAGCGGAGCAGAUGGGAGGAACUGCUCCAGCGCAGGAAGAGUAAAGGACCUAGAGGAAGGAAAGCAACUCAUAAAUGAAUCAAAGCUGAGUGCGCGUCACCGCACCGCGGACCAGAGCCAGACAGCGGCGCUGAGCGCUGGAUCAGCCGGGUCUGGAGCCUCCUGCGGCGGGAUUACAGCUCCUCAUGCUCCGCAAACUCUCCGCGUAACUUUCAAGGACAGCGCGCGGCCUCAACUCUUCCGGGGAAUAAACACACAAACAAGAGUAGUUUGUGAAAGAAGAAGAAGCGGAGCCAGGGAGACAACGCUGUCCCUCCCCCGAGCAGUCCUGCUCGCUGUGCGCGGGUCUAGGCGUUGGCACCCGGGUAGGAGUCCCUCGCCAUGGCCGGGGCCAAGCCGGGAGUCCACGCGCUCCAGCUCAAACCCGUGUCCGUCCACGAAGCCCUCAAAAAGGGGGGGAAGUUCAUCAAAUGGGAGGAGGAUACAAGUCAGAACGUGCCAGACAGACAGAUCACGCUGAAUGUGGAUGCAGAUGGAUUCUUUCUCUAUUGGAGCGUAUCACCUAAUCAGGAGUUGGAGAUCCUGGAUAUCAGCUUGAUCAGGGACACAAGAACGGGAAAGUACGCCAAACAGCCAAAGCAAAAGACGUUGGACCUAAUCCCCAGCAGAGACGAGAACGACAAUUUGCUCACCAUUGUCUAUGGCACUGACCUGGUCAACGUCACCUUCUACAACUUUGUUGCUCUUGAGCUUAACGUAGCAAAGCUUUGGGUAGACCAGCUCUUCGAGAUGGCUACAAAUAAACUUUCCCAAAAUGCCUCACGGACCACCUACCUUCGCAAAGCGCACACUAAACUAACGCUUCAGGCCAUAGAUGGAAAGAUUCCUCUGAAGAAUAUUUAUAAGAUGUUUUCUGAUAGAAAGCGGGUGGAUUACGCUCUGGACAAAAAGCACGUGACGGCUAUAAAUCUUGAGGAAUUUACGUGGGACUUUUUCACUGGCUUUCUUGACAAAGCUUGUGGACGGCCUGAACUCCAAACAAUCCUUGAGGAGAGUGGUUCCAGGAACAAACCAUUUAUCACUUUGGACCAGUUCACAACCUUCCUCAACACUAAGCAGCGCGACCCCAGGCUGAAUGAGGUGUUGUACCCUCCGCUGAAAAAGGAGCAGGUCCGACAGAUCAUGGAGAACUACGAGAGCCCAAGCCACCUAGACAGAGACCAGAUCAGUCUGAAGGCUUUCAGUAACUACCUGGCAGGAGAGGAAAACAACAUUGUACCUCCAGAAAAGCUCGACCUCAUGGAUGAUAUGAACCAACCGCUGUCUAACUACUUCAUCAACUCCUCCCACAACACAUACCUCACUGUGGGUCAGUUGACUGGCAUGUCGUCGGUGGAGAUGUACCGGCAGGUUCUGCUGACCGGCUGCCGCUGCAUCGAGCUGGACUGUUGGAAGGGCCGAUUGCCAGAUGAGGAGCCCUACAUCACCCAUGGGUUCACCAUGACCACCGAGAUCUCAUUCAAGGAAGUCCUCGAGGCCAUAGCAGAAUCAGCUUUCAAGACCUCAAACUACCCCGUCAUCCUGUCCUUUGAAAACCACGUGGACUCACCCACCCAGCAGGCUAAGAUGGCGGAGUAUUGCAAGACGAUCUUCGGAGAUGCGCUGCUUAUCAAUCCACUGGAAAAAUUCCCGCUGGUCCCAGAACAGCCACUUCCUUCACCGCAGGACUUGCUAGGAAAGAUCCUUGUUAAAAACAAGAAGAAACCCGAUCUGUCCGUAAAGUCCCUGGAAGAGGCGGGACUCAAAGAGCUGGAACCAGAAAGUGAAGAAGAGGACACUGAAGAAACAGCCGCGGAAAUGAACAAGCCUUAUUCUGAUGAGGGUACCGCCUACCGAGAGGUCAUUGCCACAAAGGAAAUGUCGACUCUCGUCAACUACAUCCAGCCUGUUAAGUUCAAGUCUUUCAAUGAUGCAGCCAAAAAGAAGAGGUUGUAUGAGAUGUCUUCGUUUGUGGAAACUAAAGCUAUGGACUUGCUGAAGAACUUCCCUUGCGAGUUUCUGGAAUACAACAAGAAACAGCUGAGUCGAAUCUACCCCAAAGGAACUAGGGUGGACAGUUCCAACUACAUGCCCCAGCUCUUCUGGAAUAUUGGUUGCCAGAUGGUUGCGCUAAACUUUCAGACUCCUGAUCUUCCCAUGCAGUUAAACAUGGGGGUAUUCGAGUACAAUGGCCGCAGCGGCUACCUGCUAAAACCUGAGGUCAUGAGACGGACGGAUAGACAAUUCGACCCUUUCACAGACAGUAUAGUGGAUGGAAUAGUGGCCAAUGCGUUCAGAAUCACAGUGAUCUCAGGUCAGUUCCUGUCAGAAAGAAAGGUGGGUGUAAUCGUAGAGGUGGACAUGUUUGGGCUUCCCGGUGAUGCAAAGAAGAGGGCCAAAACCAAAAUGUCCAACGGGAACUCGAUGGACCCUGUGUGGAAAAAUGAAAAAUUUUUCUUCCCUCAGGUGAUCCUGCCUUCCUUAGCUUCAGUGAGAAUAUCAGCGUAUGAGGAAAAUGGCAGGUUUAUUGGACACCGAGUUCUCCCUGUGUCUGCCAUUAGACCUGGCUUCCACUACAUCUGCUUGAAAAAUGAGCUGAACCAACCACUGAUGUUACCCUCCCUGCUGGUUUUAACUGAGGUUUGGGACUACAUUCCCACGGAACACCAGAAAUAUGCCGAUGCCCUGGCAGACCCCAUCAGGUAUGUCAGUCAGUUUGACAAGAGACAGAAACAGCUGGAGGCGCUCAUGGCGUACGAGACAGAGAUGAUGGAUGUUCCAGAUUCCCCCCCCACCCCCGACCCGCGGCCAGCCCCCAAACCUAAAGAAGAAAUCAUCAACAACAACAGGACGUCUGAACCAGGACCAUCAUCAACUCCCAAGGACAAGGAUUUCGUGUCCACUGUCAUAACAAAACUCAUCCUCCCAUCUGUAAAGGAGCUGAAGGAGCAGAAGAGUUAUGAUAAACUCCAAAAGAAGCAGCUUAAAGAAUUCAAAGACCUGAGUAAGAAGAACCAAAAGAAGCUUCAGUCAGAAAUCCAGAAAAAAUGCAGCUUGAUCGAGAAGAAAUUCAAACGUAGCAUCAAAAAACAUGAACCUCAGGAAUCUGGCCUGAGUGCGCAGAACCAGACGGUCGUGCUUCAGGAGGAACAGAUGCAGGAGCUCCUGAAACUCCAACAAGAGCUUCAUAAGCAGGAAGAAAAGAUGAGACUUGAGCAUCUGAAAGAGGCCUACAAGAAGUUACAGGACUUGGCCGAAGACUGUAAAUCAAACCACAUGAAGAAGAUGAAAGACACGUGUGAAAGGGAGAAGAAAGAAAUUCAGAAGAUGAUGGACAGGAAGCGUCAGAACAGCAUCAGUGAAGUCAAAGUCAAAGACAACAAGCCAGACGAGGAGAUCAAUGAGAUCAACUCGAGACACAUUAAAGAAACUGUUUCUGCAAUCCGUACUCUGGAGGAGGAGCAGGACAAGAGAUCGGAGAAGCUCAAGCAGGACCUCCAGGGGGUGCUAGAGAGUCUUAAUAAGGAGUUUGAAGAGAAUCAGAAAAAGCUGGAACAAGAGCUGGAUGAGGAGUAUCAGCAGCUAACUGUAAAGGUGGCCCUGUGCCUGCAGGCGGAGCUCCACAACAAAGGUGUCCGAAACGAGUCCCUGUCCAAUCACAGCAGCCCAGGCUCAGCCAGUCUGUCCAACUGUUCCACGCCGACGUUCCCGUCCCAUCGGAGGAGCACCAACAAGAUCAUGGACAAGUCUUCGAGCCCCUCUGUCCUGUCGGAGACAGAUUAAUCAUUCAGUUAGAGGGACGGCUUCUUCACACGCCCUCCAGGGGCUCGAUAGUAAUUACGACGUGGGAUUUUAUAAUUUUAUUCCUUUUUUAAUGCGGACUGGUUCAUCCUUGUCUACAAAGCUGUAUUUUUAUGUAGCUGUUUUUAACAGCAUCCUAAUCAGUCCUCUUUUGAUCGUGUUUGUCCUGAUUUUACGUUUUAUUCCAGCAUCUCUCUUGGGUCAGCGGGCUUCUUAGCAGGUUUCCUGCUUUUCUGUUGCUAAAACCUUUUCAUGUUUCUGAAACUGCGUAGGGCAAAGGAGCAGCUAGAAAAUGGCUUUUGGCUGCUGAUACUCCCCUAGAAUAGCCUCUAAAAUAGGUUUCCUGCAUAUUCUAGUGCCCUUGUGUAUCCAGUGAUGAAGCUGCAUGGAGUAAAUGUCACCAACCAAAUGUUUUUAUAAUCUAAAAAAAGCCAUUCACACAAUAAUUAAGUGGACAUGAAGGGAAAGAGAUUUCUAUGUAAUGUUAGCCAGCGGCCAGUAGGUGGUGCUGCAACCUCAAGGAUUUUAGAUGAAACUAGUUUUUGAGCUCUCAUGUUUUAGAUUCGGCCCUUUUUUCAACUUGGCGGUGACGGAUGGUUGGGUGGUGGUAAGGUGGGGGUCCUCUACCUCCAUCUCACCUGUCCAGCCAGGUAAUUACAAGUAAAGGUACGUUCACGCAAGCCUCUCCGCUCCUGCCAAAGCGUGUCUGUAUUUAAUGGGCUGUUGAUGGUACUGUGUGUGUGUGUGUGUGUGUGUGUGUGUGUGCGUGCGUGUGUGUGUGUGCGUGUGUGUGUGUGUGUGUGCGUGUGCGUGUGCGCACCUCCACUGGCUGCCUUUCUCUAAACUGAAAUGAUUUCAUCAUUUUAUUUUAAAGGGGGGAAACGUUCUUUAAAAAAUGAAAUGGAAGUUUUUAUUUCCAGUAAAUCUGUUUAACCCUCCCACCGUCUUCGUGGGUGUGACCCCGCGAGGAAAGUUGACCUUUGAGCAGGGUUGAUGGUUUAUCCCUUGAGGUCCACGUGGCAGGGGUGAGGUGGUGCUCACUCCUCACCCCGGCCACGUGGACCAUCAACCCUGCUCAAAGGUCAACGUUCCUCGCGGGGUCACACCCAUGAAGACGGUGGGAGGGUAAAGUAUUUUUAUGUGCCUGAUAUCCAUCUCAAACUUUUCAUCAGGAUGUUUUUAUUUUUUGGUCAUGAGUUUGUUGGUUUGUGGAUAACCACAACAGAACGCCUCGGAGCGAUCUAAAGGUGGUAGAGAUGCUGCUUCACUAAUGCACUAUAGUGUGUCUCAGAGCAGGAACGUCUGACGGGAGAGGACUUUUAUCCUUUUGGUUUCAUUUCAGGACCAUCUUGUGGAAAGCAAAAUUGUACAUUUUCAUUUUUCUUUCAUUUUUACAACCGUUCCUGUUGAAAUGCACUUUUUCUGAUGCGUUUUGGAUGUUUGUGAAGCACGCUGCUCCUGUGACGCAGACAUCAAUACAACCACCUUCCACCGCCGCUGCUUUUGUGUGAAGCCUCUCCAGUUUGUUCCUGUGAAAGACGGAGCCACCAAGGGCUUUUUAACAAGUUAUUUUUCUCUCUUUGCGCUCAUUUGCAUUCA